ACCAGGUCAUAGAUAUUAAACCAAUAAUAUAAUACGUCUAUAUAUAUAUAUAUUGAAAAUCAAUAGAGGUAAUUGGUAUGCCCUUAUCAUCAAGAUCGUUUCCAUCUCCAUUCAAAAGCAAGCCAUUGUUUGGAGAUAAUACGAAAGAAAUUGAAGAUGGAGAUGAAGAAAUGAAAAACAAUCAAAAUGGAACAAUAGAUAAAAAACGAUUAGAGAUUGAUGAUAAGACAACAGUAGAUCAUGGGGCACAGGAUCUAGUCUCAUGGUUGAAUAAUAUGGAAUUGAGAGCUAAAAGUGCUUUGAUAGCAGAACGUAAUGAAUCAAGAAACUUUUAUAAUCAAUUAGAAUCGGAAAAGAGACGAGAUGAAUUGAGGAAUAGAAUAUUCAGCGAUGAGUUUGAUAAGUUAGGAGAUUUGAUGAGGAGAGAUGGGGAUGAGAAUGAGAUUGAGGAAGAAGAAGGAGGAGAAGAAGAAGAAGAAGAAGAGGAAGAAGAGGAAGAAGAGGAAGAAGAGGAAGAAGAGGAAGAAGAGGAAGAAGAUGAAGACUCAGAUAUUAUUGAAAUAAUUUCUUCAGAUGAAGAAGAGCAAGAUAAUGAGAAACCAGAGAUCGUUACUCCUAACAGAUUCAAUGGAAAGCAAGAGACAAAUCAAGUCGAGUAUGAAGAUGUAGAUGAAAUUGAAGUCUUGGACUCAGAUGAAGAGGAAGAGGAAGAGGAAGGUGAAUUAUCACCAUUUGAAGAAUUCCUGGAAGGAUCGGAUAAUGAAGAACAACCAGAAGGAGAUGAAGUAGAAGAAGAAGAUCCAUCUAAUUAUUCAAAUCAAUAUGUCCAAGAAUCGUCAAUCCAGUACCCUAUUCAAUCACCAUCUGAAUUGAAAUAUGGAUCAAUUAAUCAUUCCCAUUAUGAUUCAAAUGUACAACAAAAUAUUUCUUACAAUGUUCGGAGUGGAAGACCACGAUUAAUAGAUCAUAUGCCGAGAGAGGUUGUAUUUGAGAGGGAUGAAGAAGAGGAUGAAGAGGAAGAAGAAGAGGACGAAGAACAAGAGGAAGAAGAGGAAGAAGAAGAGGACGAAGAACAAGAGGAAGAAGAGGAAGAAGAGGAGGAGGAAGAAGAAGAAGAAAGAGAAGAACAUGAGUUACGUCAUGCUGUACAACCAGAUAAACUGGCUCCUCAAUAUUAUGAUAUAAUAGACACUGACGAAGAGGAACAAGAAUUGGAAACAGAAGAACAACAAAUUAGUGAGAGAGAUCACAAGUCACAAGACCAAGAAGGAGACGAAAGGGAAGAAGAAGGUGAUGAAGACGAAGAUGAAGCUGAGGAAGAUGAAGAAGAUGAAGAAGAUGAAGAAGAAAUUGAAGAAGACGAAGAAGUCGAUGAAGAGGACGAAGUCGAAGAAGUUGUUAAUUCCACAUCACCAGAUACACACAAUCAAUUACCUAAUGUCUUCUCAGAACUUAUCGAUCCAAAUAUUUCUUCCAAUCUAAAUUCCAUAGAAGCUUCUCAAGUAGAAUCAUUAUUGAACUUUGCACAAUCUGCUCUUGAAACUGCUGGUCAAGUUGGAGGAGUUGAAAACGAAAAUGAAUAUCAAGAUGAUACCAAUAAUCAAUCAGUUUCUGAAGAGAUCAAUGACACCUCACACUAUGAAUUCAAUACUGCAAAUAAUACCUUUAUAGAGCCCACUUCUCAAAAUGAAGCAACAUUGGAUUAUGAAGAUGAUGAACUUCUUCAGAAAAUAGAUGAAGCAAUCGAAGAAUUUGAAGAUGAAUCGGAACCAAUUAAGGAAAAAGUGGAUGAAGAAAUAAUAGCAAUUGAUGAGGAAAGUUUGGAAAGAACAGACGAAGUUAAUGAAAAUGUUUCAACGGUUAAUGAAGUUAUUCCGAUUAGAACAGAUCAGCAGGUAUCUGAACCUCAAACUGAAUCUCAUGAUCCUGAAGGUAAGGCUGUCUAUUCAGAAUCUGAUAAUGAAUCGGAAGAUUCAGAAUCUCCAAUUUCUCAUUCAAUCCCAGUUUUCAAAACUGUUCCUGUUGAAGAUCCAGAGACAGAAUUGACAAAGUUGAAGGAAAUUGAAAAUAAAUAUGGUGUGACAUUGAGCUCCGUAACUGAAUUAGAACAAGAGAUACAUAUCAGACUGUUGAAAUCCACACCUGCUGUCGAGGAUAAUUUGGAUAGUAGUAUGUACUAUGAGGCCAAAGUUAAUGAGCUGAAUGUCGAGGAUGUCUUUGAAGACGCUAAAGAAAUAAUCGAACAACCUUUAGAUAAGGAGCAUCCAGAAACACUGUAUUAUGAGAUUGAAGAACUGCUAGUGAAGGAAUCGACAAAUGGAGCAGAAGAAGAAGAGGAGGAAGAUAAAGAAAUUGAUGGUUUCGAUAAUAAGUUCAUCAAAGACGAUUCAGAAGAAGAAUUUGAGGAGGCUAUUGAACAAGAAAUUUUGAAUCAAAUUGAAGAAGAAGUUGAUGAAGAAAUUGUUCAGGAAAUUGCAGAAGAACUUGCAGAAGAACUUGAAGAGGAGCUAGCUGAAUAUGAAGAUGAUUUUGAAAAAGAGGUAAUUCAUGAGGUGGAAGAUAUCGACGAAAGCGGAGAACAAGAUGUUGAAAUGUCCGAGGAAAUAGAAGGAAUAGAUCAACCAGAAACUUCAUACUAUGACCCGGAGGAAUAUGUUGUUGAUGAACCUAAAUUAGAUGUUAAAGUGACCGAAGAAGACGAUUCAACUAUGAACGAUGAAUCAUUUAUCGAAGCUGCACUGGAACUUCCUGACGUUGUAGUUGAUGUGGCGGAAAUUGUGAACGAAGAGGUGGAGGUUCACCAUCCAGAGGCUGGUGAAGAUGCAAAUCCAGAGGAGGCUCAAGUAGUUGAUGACGAGGCAGAAGAUUUGAAUGUUGAUGGCAUUAGAGAAACUGACUUGAAGUCUGUAGAAGUGAUGAAUUCUAAUGAUGAAUCGGAAGAGCUUAUAAACAAAUCUGAUGAUAAAAAUGAUAAAGUAAGCGAGGACAAGGACAGUGAAUAUUUGAUGAAUGAUAAUUUUGAAGGUAAUGAUACUAUUUAUGAAGAUGCUAUGGGUACGGACGAAGUGUCUGGUGAGGUUGAAAAAGAAGCCAACUUAGAUGAAGUUGUUGAAGAAGUCGAAUUAGACGAGGUUGAAGAACAAGACUUCUUGGACGAGGCUGAAGAAGAAGAAGAGGAAGAAGUCGUAAACAGUCCAGAGGAAGAAGCUGUAAGUGUCGAAGAAUUAGAGGCAGACGAUUCUGAAGAAGCUGAAGAGAUCAUAAAAUCAAUAAUUGACAGUGGUGAAGUUGACGAAUUAAUCCCAGAAGAAAAGAAGGCUCCAGUGUAUGGCUCCAUACUUGAAGAAGAUACAGAAGUUAACCCCCAAGAUACGAAUGCUUAUACCAUCGAAGAACGUAUUGAAACAACCGUGAUUGAAAUUGAAGAUCCAAUUACCUCGAAAUACUUUGAGUAUACCAACACCGAGCUUGAGGUUAAUGAAAGUCAAGUUAUUCUUCCAUCAGGAAUAAUUGAGCCAAGUGACAGUGAAGACGAAGACCCCGAGGUUAGUUUUGAUGAUAAUAUCGACCGUGCUCAAAGUGUAAGUCCAGAAGAUGAAUUGAACAUUGAGAACAAUAGCAAAUCAUUAGAUGACCCAGAAAUUAUUGAGCCCUCGGAAGUUGAAACUGUUAUUUCAGCUACUGAAGUUUUCACUGAUUACGUUGGAAAAUUAGAAGAGCCAACUUCCAUCGAUGAGCCAGAAGAAAUGGAAAAGGAUGAUUCCCAGGAAGAGAAUGGCACGGAAUAUAUAAUUGAGGAAGAUGAAGAGCCAGAAAGACAAAACAAUAAGAGAUCUUCGCCUACUGAUAUUGAAGAACCUAAACCUAAGAGAUUCCAAAGUAUAUUCUCCAAAUUGAACCCAUUUCACUGGAUCAAAUCGAGUAAUAAAGUAAGACGCCCGAUAUUGGUUGAAGUUGACGAUGACUCAGAAUCUGUACUGACGGAAGAACUGUCAACAGAAUCCCUUGAUGACAGUGUUAUUGAGAUUGAAGAUGAUUUUGAUAGUGAAGAGGACGAGGAUAAGAAUGGUGAGAAUGUUUCGAAUGAAAUCAGAUCAAAAGUUACAGACUCUUCUGAAGUGGAAGAUAUUCAAGAUGUUGAGGAUGUGUCAGAAGCUGACAAUGAAGAAAAAAUACAUUUAGAAGUGGAAGUUCCUAAUAAUGAUGAGCAAGAUGUUGAAGAAAUUCCACAAGAAACAAAUGAUAAUGAACUCGAAAAUGUGAAAGUUGAAGAACUCAAAAGUGAAGAAUCGAAUGAAGAAUCUCUGAUUAUCAGAUCUAGUAGCAGAUGCGAAGUGGAUAGUCAUCACCACGACACACCAGUGUACUGGGCAAUUCCCCCAAGUUUAGAAAGAGCAGUAUCAUUUUCAGGAAAUGAAGCACUGGAUCGAGAAGAUGAACUUGAAUUGAAAAGAAGUAAAGUUGUUUAUAAUAAUUCUGAUGACGAGAGAGAAAAGUUAAACAUUGACUUUGAGGAUGAUUCAACUUCAAGAGAAGGAAGCAGUACUGAAGAAGCGGAAAAUGAAGAAGUUCAAGACGAAGAAGACGAAGAAGAAGAGGUAGAAGAAGAAGAAGAAGAAGUAAGGAACGAAAAGGUCGAAGAUGAAGUGGAAGAUAAAAAAGAAGACGAAAAGAAGGAAACUACACAGAGCCCUACAUUGGAGACCUCUGAGGACAAUGAAGAUGUUGAUCUUUCGGAAGAUAAAACUACGGAAGUUGAAGAAAAGAAAAUAAGUGAAUCCCAAGGUGCGAUAGAAGAAUAUGAAGAUCCUGAACAGGAGUUAAACUUUGAAACUCAAGAGCAAGAAACGAAUACCGAAUUGGAGGCUGAAAUUGAAAAUGUGGAAAUUGACUCUUCUGAUAAGGCAAAGGAUACUGAGUUGAAGACAUCAACCUUACCGAAAAUUAGAACCAACUUGAAAAAAACUCAACCAUCAAGGGCACGGUCUAGCUCACCUACUAAAGUUCUUGGUUUGGAUCUUACAGAAGUCACUCUUGAACCUACUAGAUCUUUGCGUAGUGGUAAUCGAAUUGGAAGUGCACCAUCAUAUCCAAUGAACCACAGAAACACUCGAAGUAACUCAAGAGGUCGUAGCCGUAAGGUUGUUGUACUGCUUGACUCACUGAACAUCAAUUCGAAAUCGCCACUGUUACCUUCUACUCCGAUCGAGCCACUCGAGGCACCCCCAGCGCUGAGAACUCGCUCAAGGUCACCAAUGAAGAGAAGUAUUCAAGAAAUGUUGCGAGGAGAUGGAGCUAUGCUUCUUCCAAAAAGAAAGAAGCGGAGAAUGAAGAAAUUGUCCGAGGAAAGAGAAAGAGGUAGAAGUAGAAGAAGAGAAUUAGAUUAAUAAUGGUAUAAUAGACACGAUACAUAUUAGAUUAUGUAAGAAGUAGACAUGUUCACUGUUUAUUCUUGAUAGCUUACACUAUUCUUAAAUUCAUAGUCGUCUAAUUAUUUUGCCCGCUUUUGUAGGACAAUUGUGUUAUAUAUGAAUAAAUAUAUGCAAUCUAUAAAGUUUAUCUUGUUCA